AUGUCGGACGCGGAUUUCGAGCAGAUCAGGAAGCUCCAGGUAGAGCACAACGCGGCAGUCGCGGCCAAAAAUGGUUCCAAGUCCUUCGAUCCCUCUAACCAACGUGCUGACUCGGCGACCAAAGCAAAGCUCGACCAAGCCUGGGACACGGAGCUCUACGAUGGCCAGAAUGGCAGCGACAAAUUUGCUGGUUAUCUCACCACCCUUCCCGCCGGCGAUGGCGAUGACGAGGAAAUGGAGGACGACAGCAGCCGCCGCCUCGUCGGUCAGUACACGGCUACCCGCGCCCAGAUUGACGAGUUUGCCCACGGCAGUGGCGUCGAGGAAGAAGAUGUUCUAGCCGGCCGUGGAGAGAACUCCAAUCGAAUCACGGAGCGCGAGACGGACUACCAGAAGCGCAGAUUUGACCGCGUAUUGACGCCGACGCGGGCCGAUCCCUUUGCAGCCAACCGCCAGGCCGGCGCCGCUGAGGAUGGCGAGGGCUAUCGCCAAAUAAUGGAGAGGCGUGAAAUUGAGCGAGAAGAGGAGCGCGUACGACGGGCCAUCGAGCAGAAGCUGAAAGAUGGCCCAAUCGAUGACCGAGUGCCUCUGCUCAAGGAGGCUGCCGAUAAAGAGAACGAAGACUCUGGGUCUACCGAUGCAGCAGUGGCAGGUCGCAAGCGGAGGAAGAGGUGGGAUGUGGCCACGGAUGCCGUAGACGGUGCUGCGCCUGCCGCUGAAGAGCCUAAGAAGCGCUCACGGUGGGACCAGGCACCGUCCGUUCCAGCCCUGGGUGCCGAGCCCAAGAAGUCUUCCCGGUGGGAUCAAGCACCUUCGGCGACGCCCGUCGGUAACAUUGGUCUCGCCACCCCAAUGCACCCGGCACAAGGCGCCAUGCUCCCACCCGCCUUUGGGACUGACACGUCUAGCCGUUAUACAUACCUUAGCGAUGAUGAACUCGAUGCGAUGCUUCCUGGAAUCGACGAGGGUUACAAAAUUUUGGAAUUCCCGCCUGGGUACGCGCCUGUACGGGCACCGAUCCAUAAACUCAUACAGACGCCAGCCCCAGCUACCGGCUUUACGAUGCAAGACCCCGAGAGCGGCCGGGUUGCUGGCCAGCAAGCCCCCAAGGAGAUACCUGGGGUUGGCGAUUUGCAGUUCUUCAAGCCUGAGGAUAUGGCAUACUUUGGUAAACUCACAGACGGGUCGGACGAAGACAACCUCAGCGUUGAGGAGCUCAAGGAGAGGAAGAUCAUGCGUCUACUCCUCAAGGUCAAGAACGGCACGCCUCCCAUGAGAAAGACUGCUCUCAGGCAGCUUACGGACAAUGCCCGCAACUUUGGCGCCGGGCCGCUCUUCAACCAAAUUCUCCCUUUGCUUAUGGAGAAGUCGCUCGAGGACCAGGAGCGCCAUCUGCUCGUCAAGGUUAUCGACCGUAUCCUCUACAAGCUCGAUGACAUGGUCCGUCCAUACGUGCACAAGAUUCUAGUCGUCAUCGAGCCCCUUCUCAUUGACCAGGACUACUAUGCGCGUGUUGAGGGUCGCGAGAUUAUUUCGAAUCUCAGCAAAGCCGCAGGUCUGGCGACUAUGAUCAGCGUGAUGAGGCCCGACAUUGACCACGUGGACGAGUACGUGAGAAAUACUACUGCCAGAGCAUUCGCCGUCGUCGCUUCUGCCCUGGGAAUACCCGCCCUUCUCCCCUUUCUGCAAGCCGUUUGCCGAAGCAAGAAGUCGUGGCAGGCCCGCCACACCGGUGUCAAAAUCGUGCAGCAAAUUCCCAUCCUAAUGGGCUGCGCGGUACUGCCUCAUCUCAAACGCCUGGUCGACUGUAUCGGCCCCAACCUGAACGAUGAGCAGACCAAGGUCCGGACUGUUACCAGUCUGGCAAUCGCCGCCUUGGCAGAAGCUUCGAACCCCUACGGUAUCGAAAGCUUUGACGACAUUCUUAACCCCCUUUGGACAGGUGCCCGCAAGCAGCGAGGCAAGGGCCUUUCUGGGUUUUUGAAGGCCGUCGGAUACAUAAUUCCCCUGAUGGACGAGGAUUAUGCCAACUACUACACCAGCCAAAUCAUGGAGAUUCUUCUCCGAGAGUUUGCUUCCCCGGACGAAGAGAUGAAGAAAGUAGUCCUCAAAGUAGUCUCUCAAUGCGCCGCGACAGACGGUGUGACGGCUGGCUAUCUCAAGGAAAACGUGCUGGACGAGUUUUUCAAGAGUUUCUGGGUACGGCGCAUGGCCCUCGACAAGAGAAACUACCGACAGGUGGUGGAGACGACGGUUGAUAUUGGCCAAAAGGUUGGCGUUAGCGAGAUUAUCGAGCGAAUCGUGGAUAACCUCAAGGACGAAAGCGAGGCCUACCGCAAAAUGACGGUAGAGACGAUUGAGAAGAUUGUGGCCUCUCUUGGGGCUGCCGACAUUGGCCAGCGGCUGGAAGAACGUCUCGUUGAUGGCAUCCUUCAUUCAUUUCAAGAGCAGAGCGUCGAAGAUAUUGUCAUGCUUAACGGCUUUGGCUCUGUCGUCAACGCUCUGGGUACUCGGUGCAAGCCCUACCUGCCUCAGAUUGUCAGCACCAUUCUCUGGCGACUCAAUAAUAAAUCGGCAACCGUCCGGCAGCAGGCGGCGGACCUCGUGUCUCGUAUCGCAAUGGUCAUGAAGCAGUGCGGCGAGGAUGUGCUCAUGGGCAAGCUGGGCAUUGUGCUCUACGAAUACCUUGGCGAAGAGUACCCGGAGGUGCUCGGGUCGAUUCUUGGGGCCCUCCGGUCUAUUGUGACCGUGGUCGGGAUCAGUCAGAUGCAGCCUCCCAUCAAGGAUCUUCUACCCCGUCUGACACCCAUCCUCCGAAAUCGGCACGAGAAAGUUCAGGAGAACACUAUCGAUCUCGUGGGCCGUAUUGCCGACCGGGGCCCGGAAAGCGUCAAUGCCCGCGAGUGGAUGCGGAUCUGCUUUGAGCUGCUCGACAUGCUCAAAGCCCACAAAAAGGGUAUCCGCCGGGCCGCCAACAACACUUUCGGCUUCAUCGCAAAGGCUAUCGGCCCGCAGGAUGUGCUUGCCACGCUUCUCAACAACCUACGUGUUCAGGAGCGCCAGUCACGGGUCAACACAGCCGUUGCCAUUGGUAUCGUUGCGGAGACCUGCGCGCCGUUCACGGUCUUGCCAGCAUUGAUGAACGAGUACCGUGUACCCGAGCUCAACGUCCAGAACGGCGUCCUCAAGUCGCUCUCUUUCCUCUUCGAGUACAUUGGCGAGAUGGCCAAGGAUUACGUCUACGCCGUUACCCCGCUGCUCGAGGACGCACUCAUCGAUCGAGACCAAGUGCAUCGUCAGACCGCCGCAAGCGUCGUCAAGCAUAUUGCGCUCGGCGUUGUCGGACUGGGCUGCGAGGAUGCAAUGGUCCAUCUCCUGAACUUGCUCUACCCCAAUCUGUUCGAGACGAGUCCUCACGUCAUUGACCGCAUCGUCGAGGCCAUCGAAGCCAUUCGCAUGUCCGUUGGCCCCGGACUCAUUCUCAACUAUGUCUGGGCGGGCCUAUUCCACCCGGCCCGCAAGGUCCGAACCCCGUACUGGCGUCUCUACAACGACGCCUAUGUCCAGUGCGCCGACGCAAUGGUGCCAUAUUAUCCGAACCUAGCCGAGGACGGCGUUGACCGCGGGGAGCUCGCGAUCGUGCUUUAA